CAGGCCAUAAUAUAUUCAAGUACCUGCAAAAAUAUAUUUCUUAACUUUAUUAGUGUCUCAGCAGCGUUCGAGAUAACAACGAUAUCAGCUGUUCAUCGUCAACUGCAACUAAUUAGACCGUGUCAAGAAUGGUGGAAGAUUCAAGAAACUUCAAGGACCGUCUCUAUCGUCUACCAGAAGUUGGCAUGGGAUAUGAUUGUAAGUUCAUUGUGGGCAAAGGAGAGCAGGUAGCUACCAUUUUUGCACACAAGUUCCUAUUUGCUGUCACCAGUGACGUAUUCAAAGCCAUGUUCUUCGGUGGACUUGAAGUGGAAGAGUGUGUGCGAAUUGUGGACUUGGAGCCUCAAGGAUUCGAGAGCAUGAAACACUUCAUUUAUACAGGAGAGAUCAGAUUUGAAUCUAUCGGACAUGCGUCUGAAACGUAUUUGGCUGCUCAUAAGUAUUUAUUACCUGUACUGUUGAAUCUGUGCGUGGUGUACAUUAGAGACAACAUUGAAGACUCAGAAAAAGUAAAUUUCUUCAGUUGGUGUGACAAGAACAGAAUAUCAGAAUUCGACAGCCUGUGCUUAGAAUAUGUUACGGAGAAAACUUACGAAAUAUUUCAAAGCAACUAUUUUCUUGAUUGCGAACCCAAUGUCAUCCUGCGUAUUCUACAAUGUGAAUCAAUGAGAUUGAACUCUGAACUGAGUGUUUUUAUCAAUUUCGAAAGAUGGGCACUCGCUGAAGCCAGACGCCGAAAUAUUAUAGAUGAUCGGGAUCAGAUGGCAACUUACUUCAAUGAUUUCAAACCAUACAUAAGGUUUUUAACUAUGAGUAAUGAACAGUUGACAAAUAAUGUUUCAAAAUCUCUGCUCCUAACUGAUGAAGAGAAACUAGCCAUAGGAGGAGCUGCUGUAAUGAAUAUUAGUCCUGACCAAUUACCGAAAACGAUCUGCUUUUCCAAGGUGAAACGAAAACUCCGUCCUGAGCCGAGAAAGAGGAAGUCCCAAUAUGAUUACGACUCUGACUAUUGAUCGACUAGUGAACAGAGACAGAUGGAAUUAAAUAGAGAAUGCAUUUAUUCAAAUGCUAAUUAAUAUAUAAUUAUUAUUUAACGAAAAUCCUAAAUAAAUGCUGUAAAUCACCCCGAAGGCUUCUGCUACUGCAGACA